AAAGCCGGAAGUAACAUAGUCUGCAUAUUUGAUGACGUUAUACACCGAUCGAGAGGUGACGGGCAAGAGUGCUACUACAACAAUCUGUCUUUGGCGCAGCUCCUAGCGUGUCCUUGAUUGGACAACAGCUAUAAUGAGCCUCAGUCGUCAGCCGUCUUCCUCGGGUAAACAGCCCCGACAAAUUCACAAUGGGGGAUCCUCUAAUGUAACCACUACACAAUCAGUCUUAGCUGCUGCGGGGAGCAGUAACUCAGACCUGGCCUCCCUCUUUGAGUGCCCGGUCUGCUUUGACUAUGCUCUCCCUCCCAUCACCCAGUGUCAGAGUGGCCAUAUUGUCUGUCAGCCGUGUAAACAGAAACUGAACAUAUGUCCCACGUGUCGUGGGCCACUAGGUAAUAUAAGGAAUCUUGCCAUGGAGAAAGUCGCCACAACGGUGAUGUUUCCCUGUAAAUAUUCCUCCAGUGGUUGUCCGGUCACUCUCCUACACACAGACAAACAGGAGCAUGAGGAGACCUGUGAAUAUAGACCGUAUUGUUGUCCCUGUCCCGGAGCUUCCUGUAAAUGGCAGGGGUCACUGGAGCAGGUCAUGGGUCAUCUCAUGCAGCAACACAAGAGCAUCACCACCCUCCAGGGUGAAGACAUUGUGUUCCUGGCUACUGACAUAAAUCUACCAGGGGCAGUAGACUGGGUUAUGAUGCAGUCUUGUUUUGGUCACAAUUUUAUGUUAGUCCUGGAAAAACAGGAAAAGUUGGAGGGACAACAAAUGUUUUAUGCCAUAGUACAGCUGAUUGGUACACGCAAACAGGCCGAGAACUUUGCUUACAGACUGGAGCUGAACGGCCAUCGUCGGCGGCUGUCUUGGGAGGCCACUCCGCGAAGUAUCCACGACGGAGUCCAAUCUGCCAUUGUUGCCAGUGAUUGUCUAGUGUUUGACACAAACAUUGCCCAGUUGUUCGCUGACCAUGGUAACCUUGGCAUCAAUGUCACCAUAUCCAUGUGUUGAGGGGGUGGGCGUGUACAGACAAGCCAAAGACUGUCCCUCCCUCAAAUUUUAAGAUUCCAUAGUCAGAGAAGAAGUUGAUUUACGUAAGCAUUGCUGGGCUUAGAUAUCUCACAGAAUUCUACCUAACUUUUACCAUAAUGCUUAUAUUUUGUCUUGACUUGAGAGGUACUCGGCAAAAUUAAAUGCAUUAUGAAUUUAUCAAAAACAAGGAAUGCCAAAGAGAUGUAAUGCUCUUUAUCUCAUUAGUGGAAGCAAGAUAUGGUAUUGUACGUGUGUGAGAGAGAGAGAGAGAGAGAGAGAGAGAGAGAGAGAGAGAGAGAGAGAGAGAGAGAGAGAGAAUAUAAUAUGUACAGUGUACAUGUAUGUAUUUUUCAGUGCUAUUGGUCUUAUUUUGUUCAAGAGUACAAGUGAAAUGUUUAAAAGAUGUAUCAUUUUGAAAAUGUGAUCAGAGUUUAUGUCUCCGAUUGUGGAGUUCGUGUCAUAUUACAUAUAUAUCAUAUCUUUAUUACCUUAAUGGUGAAUAUUUAUUACAAAGAUUUUUUUCAUGUGUUGUGUGUAUGAACUUCAUACAAAAUCUUUGAAAAUUGUGGCAGAGAUAAUCUCUGUUUUUGGAAGUUCAUAAUCUCUGUUUUUGGAAGUACACUGUUUGUUAAGUUGAGAUCCUAAAUAAAUUAUCUAUGAUAUCAAUUAACGGUAAUGGUAAGAUCUUUUUCAUGCUUAUCAAAUCUGAUACAUGAAUUAACAUAUAUAUUGCAUUUAAAUAACAUGUGUAUAUUGAUAUUCUGUGUCAGGAAAAAAACAAAGUUUUGAUUAAGUGGGAGUGUAGUGCUUUGUUUGCAAUGAAGGUAUGGAAAUGUUCCGUCCAUUUCUCUGUUCUUGACGUUUGUAGGCAUUCGGUAUGUCAUCAAUUCUUAAGGAAAUAGUCAAUCUCAGUAAACAUGGGCAUGUAUUCAGGAGCAACUUUUUUCUCAAGUUUUUUUUUAACUUCAUUGUAAAGCUGCUAAUCAAGUGGGGGUUUUUUCAGUCUCAUAAUAUAAAAAUAUUUUGAAAAUGCAAUUUUUCGUUGAAUAUGCAAAUUUUUGUGAACAUGACGGAUCUCUGAUAUGCCUUAAAAGUUUAAAAAAGAAAACCAAUACUCAUAGUUUUUACAUCGAAAGACAAUAAAAUAAUCUGUAACCAAUGUAUUUUUAUCAUUAUUCAAUAAAUGAUCUUUGUUUCUUCAAAAUUACACACAUAUAGCUUGACAGACAACAUUGUAGUUGCCUUGAAUCUCUUGUGUGUGUGGUCAACAAGUGUGGAUGGGCGUCUGUGAGAAAUACAACACUUGUUUUAGGACACCUUAGUUACUGUUUAGAAUUUUUAAUAUUGAAUUUGUCAUUCGACUCUAAAUCUUGAUUGCUGCUCAUGGUUCAUGUCUCAUCUUUUUAUAAGGGAGUUCCAAAUAUGAUGAAAUACAGCUUAUGUAAAGCUCACAAUUUUUAUGGUGUGAAUAUUACUGGAAUUUAAGGACUGUUUCAAUGAUUUUUAUUGUGCGAGUCGGCCAUUAAACUCUCAGUACUUCAUACAUGUACUUUAUUGUAUAAUUCAGAAGUGAUUGCAUGUAUAUUAUGUGUGCUGUUAAUGGUCUACAUAUCCGCUUUCUGUGUUAGAUUUAGAUCAUUUCUGAAAACUAUAUAACCAGAAUAUGCCAUAUAUCAUACUAUUACAUGUACGUCAUCUCAUGUGUUCAAAGUCUACAGUGUAAUUCAUAAUGAAUUUGAAACUGUUUGGUAUAAAGUUCUGAAAAUGAUAUGUUGUUUGGAAAUCCAUCAAAUACUGUGAUGCAAUACCUUGUGGAAAAAAACCCUGUAUUAAUUGUUUACAAUGUACUUAAUAUUUUUAGGGCAAUAGUAUUUUAUAUCAUUUUUCCCAAUAAAAUGGUUAAUGAACCAUUAAGUAAGAGACGCAAAUAGCAAUGUUUGAUAUAUUUUUAAAAAUUAAAUUGAUUUCCGGAAGUGAAAGAUUUUAACAGUUCUUGAACAGUUCUUUAUAUGAAAUAUGUUUCACCCAAACUGCAGAAUCAGAUUUUGGACAAGAGCCUAAGUCUUGUUAAUUCUUGUUACUGUUAGAGGGUAUCGCUGCCAGACAUGCAUUUGAAAAGUUUUAACCGGGUUUUGCAAAGGAAAAAUUCAGUUAUUGAAAUGGUGGAAAUGGUUGAUGGGCGGGCAGCUUCCAAAAGGGUACCCUUAUUUUACGGAUAACUCCUCCUACAGUUUUUGAAAUAGGAAGUUGCUGUUUUGCAGAUUAAUUGUUCAUAUAUCAGAGAUGUGAAUACUUUUUGGAUUUUGAUUUUUGAUAAUUUUGGAAAAAAAUACAAGCUGUUUAACUUAGCCAUAAUUUUCGCAUAAUAUUGCAUAAAGGGUACCCCUAUCCUCCCAUAGUUUUUAAUAUAGGAAGCUGUUGUUUUUCAGAUCAAUUGUACAUAUAUACCAGAGAGGUGCAUAUUACUUGGAUUUGAUUUUUGAUAAAUUUUUUUAAAUACAAGCUGUUGAACUGAGUCAUGAGCAUAUUACUUGGAUUUUUGAUUUUUGAUAAUUUAUUGAAAAGAUAUCAACUUUCGAACUUAGUAAUUUUUUGCAUAUUGAGUACCCCAUUUCACUGGAUAGGUAAUGUUUUUAAUUCAGGGUUGACAAUUGGACUAUGGACAUUGUUCACAGAAAAGAAAACGCAGUAUGCUGUCACAUUGACAGCUUUUAAUCCUACUAUAAUAGCCUAGAAUUUGUUGCCUUUGAAGUCAGUCGUUAGCAAUUUCAACAUUUGACCUUGAUUAUGGUUGCAGGUUGUCAUCCUGGUAAAAGAUGCAAACAACAUUGAAAUCCCUUCUUUCUACAUGUAGUUGACAAAUAGUCAGUUCAAGAAUGAAUAUCAAGAUCAUCAAAAUGCAUUUUGAGUGCAAGGUUAAAAGGCAUAAUUUACGUAUGAAUCAGUUUUGUUUCAUCACAGUGACACAAUAGCUUUCUUACUCAGCAGAAAGUUGGGUAUUCCCCCAUAAGCCAUAUUUUUCACAUCGCAAUUAAAAGAAAUUCAGAGAACUUGUUUUGAAUUAUUGAAACAAGAUCGAUCUGUUUUAAUGUAUCAGUUGUUAAAUGUCACAAAAUCUGAAUUUGAUGGUAACAAUUGUGGUUCUAUUGUAUUGGGUGAACUCUAGGUGGAAGAUUUCUGCCUGGGGGUGAUGGGUUUGAGGGCAGGUAGUUCCAGGUACCCUCCCCUCUCCAUGAUGUACUAUCACAUUUUAUGGCAUCUCUAGUAGACGUUUUCUCUAGUCAUUGUUUCUCAUUCACUAUAUCAUUUCAAUAUCCAUGCUCUGCGUGUGUUUUGUAAAUUGGGCGUAUUCUGAUGUCAUUUCUUAUGCACUCUGUGUAAUAUUGAGUUUUGGCAUUGUUGUUAGAAUCAUAUAUUAUGUAAUCAAAGAACCUGCAAGUGAAAUUAAACAUGUUUAUUCAACGUGUUCCGUGUGCUUAGUUUUUGAAUGACACAAUUUUGUAUAUACCCAUGUCUCAUUUUUGUAAUUUGUCCAUGGAAAAAAAGUUGGAAAUAAGUGAUAAUGUACAACUGCUUGAAUAUGAAAUGUGAAUCUGACAUACUUAAUAGAAACAUAAGUUUAUACAAUUAUAAUAAGACUUGUAUACUUUUAGAUUUCAGACAGUAUGUAUUUCGAGGAUUUAUGUAAAAAAAAAAAAAUAAGCAGAUAUGUAGCCUAAUUUCAAGACUUCACGUGUAAAAGUCAGCAAAUUCUUGUUACUUAUUAAAACGGUGAAUGUUUACCUGCGUAAUUAUAAUGACACUGUAUUUACAACAAGUCCUUUGCUUUAUUGAGAGAAAUAUUUGGUAAUGCCUUAAAUUACAAGUUGAAAUCUAUUAUUGUCAUUAAUUCAUAAAGUUGGUGUAAUUAUGUUUACCUAUAAGAGAAAAUAAAUCAUAUAUAGAUGA